UUGAGUAAAUAUCAAGUAAUUCCAAGUCAAAAUGGCUAAAGAUAUGUAUAGUUGAUGUAAAACAAAGAGACCCAUUAGCAAAUUUUAGGAGUAAUCAUGAUAUCUCUUUUUUGGAAAGUUAGAAGUGUAACAGGCUGAAUCGAGCCCAUAGAAAAAUUAGGCUUGAUGAAACAUAAACUUCAGCUAUUGGACCCAUUGACAUAAUCGUAAUACAGAUUUAGCCCAGCCCGAUUACACAUUCUAAUUUCUGCACAAGGCCAGGCCUGUUUUAAUGUGGAGCUGAAGGUUUUCUCCUCGGCGACGGCGAUGGUGAUAGAAACGACUGCGUCAUUCUGCUAAGCCGCCGGUCCGCGGUCUCAGUUCCUCUCCCCACUGUCCCCACAGAGAUACCGGCGCAAAGGCACAGCUGAAAUAGAGCCGACGGAGUCGGAGAUUAGCCGGAAAAGCUUAGAAGAAGACGAGAAAUGAAGGCGAGGGUGGUGCUCCGGAAAGUGUACGAUUACGCCCGCUACGACUUGAAAGAAAUCGCAUUCCCUUCCUCACUCCCCGACCCUCCUGGCACCAAAAUACGCCCCAAAUUGACUUUCUACCAGGGGUUCCUUGUUCUGAAGAAGGCGACGAGGCUUUAUGCUGCGAGCUGGGUCAGGGAUAUAGGUCCUGACCUUCGGCCUAAUGAUUACAAGAAGCGAGAGGAGGGCCAAGAUGGAACAAAGGGCACUACCUCCGGAGAGAAGGAACCAUCAGUGCUUGAAGAUCUUGCGGUGGCUGCAAGGGGAGGUGCCGAGACCUUGAAACCAGCCUUGCAGCGGUUGUACAUGACAAGAGCUUCUGCAUACCGAGAUGCCCUGAAAAGUUUCAUAGAAGGAUAUCAGGAAGGUGUCCAGCAGGUUAUUGAGAAGAAGGAAGAAGCUGAUAAAAGACAAGAGGGAGACCCCCCAAGCAAAUCAGAUUGAUCAUCCCUUUCCACCUAAUCAACCAGUACCCGCUCUUUUCUCAGUGAAAGUGUUGACUCAAUUUUUGAUCUUUUGCAAAAAGUGAACUAGAUGGGGUUCAAUUGUUAGCAUGUCAGAUCAGCACAAGGCUCUUACUAUAAUCAAGUUGUGAUUUUGAAGAUGCCAAAACACUUGAUGUAUAUAUAAGUUUUUUGAUUGAGUGAGUAAACUUUCCUCCUUUCAGUGUAAUGACUCUUUCCUAUGGUUUGAGUUUGUAGAAUAGCUUUGUAUCACAAUGCCAUUUUACUUAUGGAAGAAAUACUAUGUGUCCUUUUUUCUGGGAAUGUAGGCUUUAAUUAGCCACAUUGUAUUUAUCUUCAUGAUGGUGAUACAUGACUGUAUUUAACCAGAUUUUGUAUUAUGGAACACAAGUUACGGACUUAAAGAGGUAACAGUUGCUGAGUGCUGAUGGCAUUAUUUUCUGCCGUACCCAUUUUGAUGGUUACUUAUUUAUUUAUCGUUUAUCAUUAUUGUAUUUGCUUAACAUGCUAAGGACUUACGGAAUCGUUGAAGCAUUCUAGUUUGAUUUCUAUUGCCCAGCCCUGAAAAAAUACUGACUCUUUUCUUGAACAGGUUUCACCCAGCAGAGAACCCGUCAUUCCUUAAACUGAAUUUAAGCAGCAGUUUGUUGAUCUUCUUUUCCUCCUUGAUAUGUUUCUCACACAAAUGAGAAAACUGCAAAGGUAAGAUUUGUUAGUGCACCAUUUUGUGUGUAUAAUUUCCAAUGGUAGCUGGUGGGGAUUCCACAUGUUGGCUGCUUAUACCUGCCUAUCUGGGCACAUGGCCAUUGGUCCCCAUCUUCUUAGUUAUGCAUGACAAUGCCAUUCCUAAUACCCGAGCAACUACAUUUUGUCUUUCUAGAAAACAAAGAUGGAAUCUAGGUUGAUAAGCAACUGCAUUCUUUGUCUUCCUGAUGUUGUACAUAUUUUUCCUACAAUCAGAUGAACUGUGGUGAGUAAGCAACCAAAAGAAAAUGAUGUACCAACUACCAAAACUUCUAGAUUCUCUAGUUUCCUUAGUGAAUCAACUUGUGGUUUUAGUUUUAUACAAGUCGAGAAAGCUUUUGUUCUUUUUGGUAAGCAUGUACUAUGCUGUGUCCAUAUAAGAUUAGCAUUACUUAUCACUUUUGUAUUCAUUUGGCGCAUGCUGGUCACCAAGAUAUCCUGUUUAUUUGUUAGGUACUGCGGACCUGGUGGUGAGCUUGAGUUUGACAAAUGGCACUAAGAAAAGUGCUUCUCAAGAGGGAAAAGGCCGAGUGGGCAGGGGAGGGAAAGGAUUGAUUACCCACAUGGUAUUUCUACACAUCUACUGCCCUUCAUUCAUGCAUGAUUCCUUUCAAUCCAGCAACACAAAAUCUUCUGGUACUGAAAGGGGUCCUUUCAUUAUUCCUUUGAUUAGCCAAUACUGCCUCUUUGCCAAUGAUAGCAACAAAUUUUCCUUUGUUAUAUUGCGGACCCUCCAUCCCCACUUGGUACAGAGAGCACUAAUGGAGAGCCAAGGUCAAUGGGCAUAUCUCUUGUUCAUGAAAAUCUUUAUGGGCCCUUUUGCAGAUCACCUUGGACGCUAUUUUCUUUCCAGUCAUGGACUCUCAGGUACGCACACAAUGUCUGUAAAACUCUUUUCCCGUUGCAGAAUUUUAAUUGCAAAAUUAUAAUUAUGUGGCUCAUCUCUGUUCAUCUGCAAGUUGGGUUAAGCAUGUGCCUUUCAUUGCAAUGUUCAGUCACCAUCUAAUAGGAAUACCCACAAACCCCAUAAUGCUGGGAGAGCAAUAUAUUGGGUCUGAAUAGACAAUUUCACUGCUGGGGGGUUACUGGUUGAGCUGUAACUGAAAGGACCCCCAGAUAAAGUGGGAUAACUGGGGACCUUUUGCCACAUAGGAUCCAGCCUGAUCAGCUGCUUUUGUUGAAAGGAAAUUCCAAGGGUUGUGAAAGAUGAGUGGGUUAAUGAUUAUUAUUAUUCUUUCCUGCUAUUAUUGGGUGGAUCUAGUAAGAAAAAUGUUCCAAAGGGAAGAACGGAAAGGUCAAAGCUAUUAGUGCUUGAUUCUGUAACACACAUGAGCAUUAUUUUAUCUUUGAGUAUGGUAAUCAUGCUCCUCCAUGGACCGACCGACCCUCUUUAAAGUUCCUGGGAAAACAUGACCUUUCUUAUUGACCUGAACGUCAAUUCCAGCAGUAACUUUCAACAGAGUGAUUUUCUUAUUUUUCAACAACAGUUCAUUUCUCACAACAGUGAACAGAAUAUUUUGUCUUUGUUUUUUCUGCAUAAAAUCUUCUCACUUCAUGACAGUGAAGUGUGGGUUGAUUUGCAGAAUGAAGCAACCUACGUAAAGAAGAAAGGAAAGUUUGUUUGUCAGUGUACUAGUCUUAACUGGAACGAAAUUUUCUGUGUAUGAAUGUUUGAUGAUUUGAUUUCACCAGGGACGUUUCCUGCAGAAGCUCCAUUCAGUUGAAUUCCUGUGUAUACAAACCAUGUUCUGGUGCUGGUGGGUGAAUUAAUUCCCUUGCUUGCUAGUGGGAGGUAGCAGAAAUGCAGGGGAGUCGUGUCCGCAUGUUAGAUCAAUCGUAGUCGCAAUAAUGGGGAAAGAGCUUCAUUGGGUUGGGAAUCAGUGGGAAGAAACUGUACUUAGUUCCCUUUUUUUUUUUCUAACUUUUUACCUCGUUGUUUGUCCUUUUUCAACUGUAGCCAGCAUGCUGAGAAGAACAACCCAGCCCAAAGUUUGUACAAGGUAAAUCCAAGAGUAGGAGGAUUGGUACAUGCGUAUCUUGGUUUGGCCUUCUUGUUUUGUGUAAAAUUCUGAGUAACAGUACUCGUUGUUUCUUGGCUGACAAGCCAAGUUAGUGCCCACACACUUAAAUGAAGUGUCCCCAAACAGUAUAUGAAACCCUCUUCAGUUUAUUUUUGCUUUUUAUUAUCCCCUUCUGUCCCAUCUUCAUUUGCAGAGUUCAUGCGAGAAUAGUAGAGUAAGCGGUAGACAGGGAGCAUGGGGAAAAUGGGCCCAAAAAAAAAAUAUUAUAAUUCCCUCUCUCUCUCUCUCUUGAAGUCUGAUUUUUGUUUCUCAGUCUAACAGUGCCUAUCUGUGUAUGUAUUGUGAUAAACAGAGGGUAUAGUGGUAGGGAAAGUACAGUCGAGGAAUGAAAUGAACAAUUGAAGGAAUAAAACAGGAAGGGAAGGCUAGAUUGGGUGGUUCAUUGUAUCGUAUGGAUUACUACGUUACAUUUUCAUGCAAUCUGAACAGUAUUUUAUCUCCUCGACCGCUAUGACUUUGCUCUUCUGAAUUUUGAUAGUGUGUUGAUCGAAUAAGCGUUAGUAUGGGCAGCUCGCGCGUCUAUUGGAUGCAUCGUAUCGACAUUGUGCAUGGAAAUGUUACAACGUUUGAUGUCGUUGAACCUAAUUAAUGAUGUAACCAUAUUCAGCUCGCGCCACUAAUACCCCCAAUCAGCAUGGGAAUCAAGAGUGCUUAUGUUUUGUUUUGUUUUAUUUUGAUUUUUUUUUUGUUUCCGGUUUUGAUUAUGAGUAGGAUGAGAGGAGGAAAGCAGACAGAAUCACAACAGUAGUAAAACUAAACCCAAUCCCCGUUUCCAGGAGGUAUUUCUUUCUUUCUCUCUCAUUCUUGGGUCUGCUCUUAAGAGUGACGUCAUGACUGUAGCUGCACCCACUUCUUUCGAAAGGGGCCCAACAAACUCCAGAAGCCCAAGCCACAUUAGUGGGCCCGAUGUCCUGUCGUGAGUGUGACUGACUGCCCCACCCUUCCAAUCCGAACCCAGAGGGAGGGCUGGGCCUUGAGAAUUUCGCGCCUUAAUUCGUGGGAUUUUUCUCGUGUGAAAAAUUCCUUCGUUUUGCUUCUUUUACCUUCUCUUAUCUAAUCUGUGCAGAGGUCAGUGACAGUCAGGGUGUGGGACUGGGAAAAGAAUGGGUCAGUAAUUUUACAAAAAACAAGGCAGGGGAGAAGACUAGAGCGGUAAAAAAAUAAAUAAAUAAAAAGUAGUAUACAUAAAUAGUCACAUCCACUAGAUCUUAUCCUCGUCUCUCUGCUUCACCUCUCCUCUCCACUCCACAAUGUGAUCUCCUAUUCUACUGUUUCACUUCACUUCACUCCUGCCACAUUAUUGUUUUCACUAUUACUCUUCAUUCUUCAUCUUCACGUUGUUCUUCAGGGUAAAAAAAUAAUCAAUAGAAAAAAAAAAAGGGAGGAGAAAAGAAUAGUCUUGAACAAGAGUGUUGUAAAACUAAAGUUGACAAAGACUGACAGACCAAAACUAUGAUAGUUUGGAAAAAAAAUAUGAUAUUUUUCUUUUAAUUUGAACACACAGAUUUGCAAUUAUCAAUUAACAUGUUAUCCAUUACACUGCUACUCAUCAUUGUGCUACGAUUAUGCUAUUGAACUCAUUUAUAAACUCAGACAAAUUCCAAUUAAAAUUCAAUCCCCCAAAAUUUCAUCCAAAACCUCACAAAACUGAAAUCCCCCCCACCAUUUCUGUCAUUCACCAACCAAGAAAGAAAGCAAAAGGAUUGUCAACUCCCUCUUCUUCAAUGCAUGACUUGCUUUCAGCUUGGAGAAUUGAGUUUUGACAAGGAGAAUCUCCUAAGUCUUGCUUCAUUUUAUCAUAAUGAGUUUGAUUCCCUUUUCAGCCCUCUUCAUCUAUGGUAGUUUGGAAAUUUUCACCAUUGCCUUAGAAUGAUGAUAGAUUAUUUAUAUUAGAAUGAAUUAAAGAAUUAGCU